CGGGGGGCCCUUGCAACUUUCUGGUGAAGGGCUCCGUGAAACCCUCGGGAGCCAUCUUGACUCCCACCUAUCCCGGCGCCUACCCGAAGGCGCUGCACUGCUCCUACCAGUUUUUGGGCGCGCUGGGCGAACGUAUUCGGCUCGAGUUCCGAGACUUUGAUUUGUUUUUCGGAGGACCGCAUUGCCCCUUCGACUACGUGAAAGUGUACGAUGGUCCAGACAACAGCUCAGCAGUGAUUGGGACGUAUUGCGGCCAGCAACGCAACCUGGUCAUCUACUCCUCAGAAUCCUCGCUGCUCGUCACUUUCGUAACCCUCCCACGCACAGCCAACUCCCAGAACAGGGGCUUCAAGGGCAUCUUCGAGUUCUCCAACUCCUUCACCAAAUUAGAUUUCAUAAAGGAUGAGGGGGAGCACAUUAGGGGCACCGAAUGCGACCAGAAAAUUCUGAGCAAGAAGGAGUCCAACGGUUUCGUCUACAGUCCCAACUACCCCUUGCCCUACCACUCCAAGCUCGUUUGUCGCUAUUUUAUUUACGGCAUGCAAGAUUCGCAGCAUCUCGAAAGGGUGCGACUGAACUUCGUCAUGUUCGGGAUUCCUAAGGGCACGAAGGGAGAUUGUUCUGAUGGGUACCUAAAGAUCUACCUGAAAGGCCAAGAGACGACUGACUCGUACGAUAAGUUCGAUUACGAAAUGUGCGGGGAUGAAAGUAAGCCCAUGGUGGUAGUUUCUGAUGGUCCCAGACUAGUCAUGGUCUUCAGCAGCGGUGAGCUGAUGGGCCGUGGCUUCAAAGCCAACUAUACUUUUGAGACUGAAUACCGAAUACCAGGAACAGCCGCUCCAGACGGUUCCUGUUCUUUUACUUAUAGAAGUACCAGCAAGAAAAAAGGAGAGUUCAACUCGCCACGUUACCCUUCCAAUUACCCAAGCGAUACAAACUGCACCUAUCUCUUUCUCGCCACCAAUAACGAGCAGGUGACGCUAGUUUUUGACAAUUUCAAAAUACGCGCCGACAACGUCAAUACGAGUAUCGGUUCCUAUGGAACUUCCAUAUGCCAAGAAGACUGGAUAGAAAUCUUCAACGUGUACCGCGACGGUACCGAAACCAAAAUAGGAAGGUACUGUCACAUGUCAGCUCCCGGGCCCAUAGAGUCCAACAGGGGUGCCACUGGCCUCAAACUCAUCCUCCAUUCGGACUCUGAUGGAGUCUAUAGCGGAUUCAAAGCAAGGUACAGUUUUGAAGAGGCCAAAUCGAUCUUUGGAGAUUGUGGUGGCAACGUGAGUAGCCAAGAUCACGGGAUCCUCACUAGCCCUAAUUUCCCAAAGGAUUAUAACGCCCCAUCGAAGAAUCAAGCUUCGAAAAGCUGCAACUGGUACAUAACAGCGAGGCCAAAGUACAAGAUCCUUCUGGUUUUCGAAAAAUUUGCAGUAGAAGGUGAACCACUAGGUAGAGGUUGCCCAGCUGCAGUUUUGAGGUUAUGGAUUGAUCUAACUUCGAUACCUAUCGAACUUUGUGGAGAAAAACCCGUAGGAGAUAGAACUUGGCAGUACGUGUCAACUUCGAAUACCAUGAGGUUCAGUUUCAUUACUGCUGAUAAAGCCGUGGGAGCUCAAGGCUUUAGGGCUGCUUGGACUGAGGUGAUCGAUGGGCCUAGUUGCGAUGAGUUUCAGUGUCUGAAAACGGGCUUUUGCAUUCCUGACAAGCUGCGCUGCAACGACAUUCCCAAUUGUGGUUCCGAUGACGAUUCUGAUGAGAUGGACUGUGCUGCAGACGAGCAGCCUCAGGAGCGCUUCCGCGCCUCCUGGGUGAGCGCCCUAGCCGCCAUCUUGCUCACCGUCGUCCUCCUGUGCGUCAUCUGCCACCGCAAGCGUCGGAGACGUCGCCGGCGUCGGGGUGCCCUUCGCCGCGCCAUGUGCGCCCCUCCCGUGCCGGGUACCUCCCGUCAACCCCCCGUGCAUUUUUGCGAGGAGUUGGGGGAGCGUUUCGCGUCCGUCGAUAGCGUCUGAUGAUGGCUGACGGCGCAGCUUCCGAAACGGGGGCUCGCGGCGCGAAGGGGGUCGUUUUUCGGGGUGAGGCAAGUGAGCGGGUCUGCGGGGUCUCUUAUUGGUAUUCGUUAUUGAGACGGUCAUUUUAACUGUGGAAUCAUGAUGAUUUUUUGACUUUUUUCAUGUUGGCAUCACUAUUGUUGACGCAUUGAAGUUUUUGCCAAU